AUGGAAAGCGGCAUGUGUGAUAAUGGUCGAGUGUGUGCGGCCAAGUAUUUAGGCAAAUGUCGCCAGCUCAAACCACCAAAAACUAAGCCCCACAUCGCCAAAUGGACAACGGACAACGGACAGUGGACAACGGACAGUGGACAACGGACAGUGGACAACGGACAACAGACAAUGGACAUGGAUACAAUGACAGCGAUGGGCGACGGCGGUUUCAAGAGCAGUUCGGCGAAAACAGCAGUUAAGGGAAUGCCAACUGCAGCGGCUGUUAUCCUCUCCGUGGUCCUGGUGGCGUUGAUCGCCUGCGUCCAGGCGAAGCCCGGCGGUCCGGCGGCCUACUCGAUCAGCGCCCCCAGCGUUGACCACGCCUCCGUGGGCAGCACCCAGGAGCACACGGUGAAGGGCCACUACGGCCAGUCCUCCCAGUCGGACUACGCCAGCCAGGUCCAGACCGCCCACUCGCAGUCCCAUGUCCAGCGCUCCAGCAUCAGCAAUGACGCAGGCCUGGCGCCCGUCGCCGCCCACGGCUACGCAGCUGCUCCGGCCCACGCCAUCGCUGCGCCCGCCUACUCCUUGGGCUACGCCGGCCACACGGCUCCCGCCCAGAUUCAGGGCGUGGCCUACGGCGGACACUAUGCGGCCAGCGCUCCGGCAACCGUGCAGAUCUCCGGACUGGGGCACUCGCUGGGACUGGGACACUCGCUGGGAUUGGGACACACGACGCUGGGACUGGGCGGAUACGGGGGCUACGGAUACGGAGGCUAUGGCUCCUAUAGUGCCGCUCCGGCCAUCUCGCACGGAUAUCUGGCCCAUGCCCCAGUCGCCGCCGCUCCCGUUGUGAAGUACGCCGCUGCACCAUCGUACGCUCCUGGAAUCAUUGGACACGGCAUUGGACUGGCCGCCCCCGCAUACGCUGCCCCCGCCUACGCCGCUCCCGCAUACGCCACGCAUCUGGCCGGUCCCGUGGUGAAGGCCGCCGUCGCCGCACCCGCCCUCGUGCACACAUCGGUCUCCGGCCAUGGUAUUCACUAUGGCUACUAGAGGAUCCACCGCCCACCGCCUACCGCUCACCACCUCCGCACCGCCCCCCCCCCGCACACACACAAAUUCACACUCCCAGCCCAGUCUGGCUAACUACACUAAAAGGCACAAUAAUACCCAGAGCGUGUCGGUAGCUGUUGUUCGCCUUAAUUAAAACUCAAUUUGUUAACUGCACCAAGAGCCUGUGACCCGUGAGCCAUUCGACGGGAGCCAACCAGGAGCCAGGAGUCAGCCAGGAGGAGUCAACCUGGAGCCAACCACACCUGAACUCACCUGUGCCACCUGGUUGAUGAACGCAGGGGGGAGGAGUGCAGCGGGCGGAUGCAGCGGAGCCGCACGCUUCGUUUCUAUUAACGUGUUGUUGGCCUGGUCCCAGAGCUUAAACCCAACCCCAACACCCCCCACCACCCCUCCAAGUCCCCCAUACCGCAUUGUGAAUGCUGAAUGUGUUUUUUUUUUAUCGCGGUUGAAUUUACGUUGUAUUUAAACUUAAUUUGUAAACUGAAACGAAAUGCAUGUGGAAAUGUUGGAAAAAAUAA